GAAGCAGAGGGCUUGGAGAGGAACGGUGGGCGGACCCUAAACUUUGACGACGCUAAUAUUAUUGGUUGUUGAAGGUCAUGGCAUUUUAGCCAAUAGAAACGUAGCAGCUUUGCCUUUAUGAAGGGCGAUCGGGAAGAGUUGUUCUUCAUUUCAGUUUCAUUUGAAGCACUGAAGAGAAUUGAAAAAUGAGUGGAAGAGGGAAAACUGGAGGUAAAGUUAGGGCCAAAGCCAAGACUCGCUCCUCCCGCGCCGGGCUGCAGUUCCCGGUGGGCCGUGUUCACAGGCUUCUGCGUAAAGGUAAUUAUGCCGAGCGCGUCGGCGCCGGCGCUCCCGUCUACUUGGCUGCUGUGUUGGAGUAUCUGACCGCUGAGAUCCUUGAGUUGGCCGGUAACGCCGCUCGCGACAACAAGAAGACCCGUAUCAUUCCUCGUCAUCUGCAGCUGGCUGUUCGUAACGAUGAGGAGCUCAACAAACUGCUCGGAGGAGUGACCAUCGCUCAGGGUGGCGUGCUGCCCAACAUUCAGGCUGUACUGCUGCCCAAAAAGACCGAGAAGGCGGCUAAGACCAAAUAAACGUUUUUCUUUUUCCUGUUAAAUGGUAAACAACCAAAGGCUCUUUUAAGAGCCACCCACCUUAACAACAAAAGUGCGGUUUUCUAUUUCUUUAUCUCUCCUCAUGCAAAAAAGCGGCGGUCUAUCGAUUGUUACAGGUUGUGUACAUUGGGAUAAAAUAAAAGAAUCAAAGCAUCACCACGUCCCACGAUUGAAUACUGAAUAGAACUUAAAAGCUCUUAUUCUACUCGAACACAAGACGAAUAAACAGACCUGGACGUCU